AAACUUCUGUAUUAUCACAUUCACAUUCAUCUCUCUGUCUUAGAGUGCGGUUCUGGGACAUUUUACUACUUGUGCCUAAUGUGGCCUUCUUUGUAUUCCUGAUGUGGAAGCUGCCCUCAGCCAGGGCAAAGAUAAGACUCACCUCCAGCCCCAUCUUUGUCACCUUUUACUUGCUGGUGUUUGUUGUAGCAGCGGUUGGGAUUACCCGGGCCGUAGUGUCCAUGACUGUCAGUGCAUCCAGUGCUGCCACCAUCAUAGACAAAGUGCUGUGGGAAAUCACCCGUUUCUUCUUGCUGGCUAUCGAGCUCAGUGUUGUCAUCCUGGGACUGGCUUUUGGUCACCUGGAGAGUAAGUCCAGUAUAAAGCGAGUGCUGGCUAUCACUGCUGUGCUUGCUUUGGGCUACUCCAUCACACAGGGCACACUAGAGAUCCUGUAUCCAGACAGCCACCUGUCUGCUGAGGACUUUAACAUCUAUGGACACGGAGGAAGGCACUUCUGGUUGGCCAGUUCUUGCUUCUUCUUUUUGGUGUACUCUUUGAUUGUGAUCUUGCCUAAAACUCCAGUGAGGGAGAGGAUAUCUCUACCAUCUAAGAGGAGUUUCUAUGUAUAUGCUGCCAUCCUGUCUUUACUGAACCUCGUCCAGGGCCUGGGCAGUGCCCUGCUGUGUGCCGGAAUCAUAGAGGGACUCUGCUGUGUGGAUGUCACCACCUUCCUGUACUUCUCUGCCUUUGCUCCGCUCAUUUAUGUCACAUUCCUCAAGGGAUUCUUUGGUUCAGAGCCCAAGAUCCUGUUCUCCUACAAGUCACAGGUGGACGAACCGGAUGAAAGUGACGUCCACCUUCCACCGACGGUCGCUACAACCCUUGGCCGCAAAGAGCUGACUGACCAGGGCCUGUUCUACUCCUCCACUCAGAUCGAUGGCUCUGGUCCCGGCAGCUCUCGUAUGGUUGGAGCAUACUUGGAUGAUGUCGCCUCCGGGCCCUAUGGGUCCAGCAGCAUUAACAGUAUAGAAGCUGAACGCUGGAGACCUGUCAAUGCGUGAAAGAAUGAAGAGGAGAGAGGAAGAAGAGAGGGUGUUAUACAGCUCCACUUUAAUGUUGUAUGUAUGUGGUGUGUAAUGCAGGGUGGCGCUCAGAGGAGUUGGUCAAAAAAUGCAGAACAAAACAGUUGGAAACCAAGAACGGGUAAUCAUGGUUUGACGCCAGGAUAAGUUAACAAGUGGACACUUAAGGACAGACCUUUGCUAGCCAAUUAUGUGGAGGACUAUGAAUUUAGCAACUGCAUUUGUAACACUGUUGCCAGAGUGCACUGCUGCUGUAGCUCCACACUAGGAGUACUGUCCCUGAUUGCGGCCCCGUCAGACUCCGUUCUGUUCAACGGGCUCUUAAAUGUGGGAGCUUACCGACUCGUCUCUCGGCACAUUUUCUUGUCAUUCCAGCAUCAUGCAUCAACUGCUUAACCUUCAGUAAUGACGUUUAAAAUCCAUUUAAAGCACCCGAGUCUUUAACAUUUUUUUGAUGGCAACUCAACAUCUGCACAUUCCCACCAAAAGCUUUGAAUAACAGCAUCUCAGCUGAAAUUGUUAUCUGCUGCCUUGUAUUAGAUUUGUGACUCAACUGGCUAAUCAUUUAUUACUGAAUCGCCGUGCCUCUCGACACAGGGCAAGGACUAGUGCUAAUUAACUUUGAUAGGCGUACUUUGUCCUCUGAAAUAGACGCCAUCCCGUCUGUGAACAAGUGAAAGGUUUGAGCGUGAUGUGUGUCACUGCAAUAGGAUAAUGAAAACAGCAACUCCUUAAUACAGGCAGUGUGUUCACACUGAAGUUCACAGACCAUCUAGAUUGCUCUCAAAUAGUGUCUCGAGCUAUCUGCCAUUUCACUCCUUUUUAAUUUAUUUUUGGGCUUUUGCUUUCAUUUCUCAUACCAGAUGAAUCAUUCUUGCUACUGAAAGCACAUUUAUUAGCUCCAUAGUCAUAAUGGUUGUUGUGUUAUUAAGGAUUUUUGUGUAUUCCAGAUUAAACAUGCCCUCAUUCCAUAUCAGCAUAGUUCUGCUCUGCUUGCUGCAAAAGGGUUGCUAUUCCAAAGUUAGUAUUUUUUUUAAUUUCCUGUGUUCAGAAUUUCCGCAGUUGUCAUUACCCGUGCUCAAGUUACCCCUUAAACAAUAUUGCUCAAUUUUAUGGCAUCAUAUGAUGAUGUGGACAUUGUUUAUUUAUAUAGAGACUUACUUCAAAUUUCCCCGGAGCAAGACACGCUCCGGUGACUGGUGUGUGAAGGACGGGUAAUUUUGCGACUGCGUCAAGGAAAAAAGUUUCCUCUCUGAUCAGUUUUAGGCUUGCAUCUUGGUUCAGCUCACGAAAUCAGUUCUUGUCACACCCAUUGACAUUCCUGCAAAGUCAUACAUGACUUUUUAAGCCACCUCAUACCAUAUUUAGUUAUUCCUACCAAGGAAAUAUAUAUAUUUCCACUUGAAAAUGCUCUAUGUUCGGUAUGAAUGGAUUACUGUGUUUAAGCUAGCAGUAUUCAUAGGUAGCGGUGACCUGUAUGCAGAAGAUAUAGAUACAUUUAUUUUUUCAUCAUGUUGAAGCAACAAUGCAGUGAUGAAGUUGUGUAUUUCCAAGAAAUUACAGUAUUUGCCUGACUCUUAGAAAUAUUAUAUAUUGAAAUUUGAGUGUUGGUGAUAACUGCUGCAUAAAUUGGAGUUAGACUAGUGUUUGGGAAAUCAGUGAUGUGAUUCAUGACAUGAGUUCACAAGGUGCAUUGGUAAAAAAGUCCUCUUUCUUCAUAGGCAAGAUUUUUGAUGUUGAAAUCAUUUUGCAAAUGAUCUGUAAAUUGCCUUUUUAUUUAAGUGCAUUGAUUGUAUAAUAUUCAACCCAUAUUAAUGCAAUGUAUUUGACCAUUCAGUGACCUACAGAAUAAACCAUGGACUCUUUCA